AUGUAUUUUCAGCCCUUCUUUGCCAGUACCUAUCGCUAUGCCCAAUUUGCGCGGACCGUCAGUCACAAAGAGCAUUAUGCUGAAAUGGUCCGGGUUCUGGAUCUCAGCUAUUUUGGAGCAGGGGCAGGGGAGCAUUGGGGUCUUGAGCCGCAAGCCGGUUGGAGAGAGUUCAAGUGUCGAUAUCAUAACACGUCCUAUGUUGGGGGCAGGAAGUAUGCAAGGGCGCAGGUUUCUUCACACCCGGCCCCGAGUCCCCUCUUGAAAGGCUUUCGUCGGAUGAGAGAUAUUCCUGUUGGAGGCAUUUGCCAUGUUCUUGGGGCUUGUAAGAGAAUUCGAAAAAUCAAUAUCAGCCGCCUCCAGCUCGCCUCCGACUUCCUACUCCGUCCCCCUGAGUACCCCAAUUCACAACCCCACUCUCAAAUAUUCGUCUCCGAUAUCCCUCCGUCUUGGACCUGGCAAUACAGCGAAGCGAUCCCUCUCUACGCGGACGAAAUCAUCUCUUAUAUCCUCAAAUUACCAUACUUAGAGUCCGUCACCGCCAGGAAUUGUCUCUGGUUAACUACAAGUCGGGUUGGGAGGCUCAUGCGGGAAGCGGGAGAGAGCUUGAGGAGUGUGGACUUUAGAGAGAGUGGCAUGCAGAAGGAUGUUAGGUGGGCGAUUAGGGGAGGUAGGGAAGAAGUGCUGAGGAUUGUGGAGGAGGUCGUGAGGAAUACAGGGGACCUUACUAUGAUGAUUUGA